AAAAAAAGGCAUCGGCGGCGGUGAUGGUGCGGGUGCAGAUCAGCAAGAACAAUGGGUUCCUCGAGUACAAGGAGGUAGAAGUCGACGUCCCCAUCGGGGACAAUGAAGGCAUGGUGUCUGUCGACGAAGUCAAGCUCCGGUGGGCCCAUGCCAUUUACGCCGAAGAGGACUUGUUCACUUUGGAAGGGGCACAUGAAAUCAAGCUGUAUCAUAUGCCACUUGGUCAUGACGUGGACUCGAUUGAGCCGAGCCAGUUGCAAGCAUGGAUAUCCACGUCGAUGUCUCAAUGGGUCUUGGACAUCUUUGCCCGCCCACUGAUCACAUCUGCGAUUGGAAGCGCCAUCAACAUCGACACAACGACUGCAGACAGUCCACGUCUCGUCAUCACGCGGGCCAACGCUACUCCCUCGAAAGCGGCACUUACGUCGUCGCGAGCGCAUGUUCCGCGUUGUGAUCCGCACUGGCACGUUGGCACCUGGGUUCCACAGCUCAACACAUCGCGGUCGGACCGACGCGAUAGCAGCAGUGCAUCGACGUCGUUCAUCGGUGGAAUCAUCGGGACGGCGAGGGGCCACGUCCAGAACGAGUACGAAGAUAUCCUCCAGACGACCUUUCGUGCACAGGAGACCCUGCGCAAGUUCGCAGGCAUUGGGAAACCCGUCACUACGCACAGCGUCCAGACAACGUUGCUUCCUCUGGCCAUGGCGUGCCCAAGUGCCAUCUCUCGCCAUGGGCCGCACGUGCUCUACCAAGGCGUGUACAACCUCAUGGAGACCGAGCUCCAACGAGGAUUUGUUCAAGCCGUGCGGAUCUGGUUUAGCUUUGACAACGAACAGACCGUCGAGGUAGACCUGCAUGUUGUCCGCGGGAUGUUUUGCUCGUUGGGGUCCCCGCUCGGUGACUGGCAGCGCACUGUGCUCUCAUGCUGUGAGUGUUGCGGUAGGUGACGAAACGAAAUGGGAGUUUGGGCUUGAAGCCUGUGCGCCAACAAGACGGAUGGAUCGUUGUCCAGGCCGUUCCUGGGUCGCCAUGUGCCUUGGCCGGAAUGCCGGACGAAGAAGUGUUCCUGACCCAUGUCAAUGGCGUCGACGUGUCGCCGCCGCAAUGCCCCGCCAGCUCGGACAAACCGCGGCAGACGAAUGGAACGGUGAGCUGGGCUGGAAACGUCGUACCGCUUGUCGAGCCCUGCGAAGUCUGCAUCUUCACGUACUUUUAGCAAUAAACAUAAUACGAGUUUCCAUCUUCGAGUCGUUUGAUGGCUCAGGUGCUCUGCCGCCUGCCGAUUCCCACCGCCAACACGUUGCACACAUCCAUCUACAGACGGUGCCAGCCGCAUUGGCGCACGAUGCGUUCCAGCCGUUGGUGCAACC